CCAUCAUGCCCCCAUCCCCCAGUUGGUCUCUGGCACCCAGAAUCAGCCUGCUGUGUAAUCUCCAAGAGAGAUUAGUGACCAGCCUUCCCUGCCCUCCCCCACAGGCUGUGGAUGUCCCUAGAUUCUUCCUGCUGGGAGGGCAGGCCACCCACAGAGGGUCUCCAGGUACCCUAGAGAGCAAGGCUGCCAUUAUAUGUGGGCCUUUUCUGCAGCCCUAUGGUGCCUGUAAGGAGGAAUGAGCCAACGGAUUCUCCUUGGACAGCUCCUUUGUGCCAGGCACUCACACGCAGAUGGUGCAGGUGAACGACUCCAUGUACGGCUUCAUCGGCACAGACGUGGUGUUGCACUGUAGCUUUGCCAACCCACUGCCCAGUGUGAAGAUUACCCAGGUCACGUGGCAGAAGUCCACCAAUGGCUCCAAGCAGAACAUGGCCAUCUACAACCCAACUAUGGGCGUCUCUGUUUUGCCUCCCUAUGAGAAACGAGUGGAGUUCCUGCGACCCUCCUUCAUUGAUGGCACCAUCCGCCUCUCCCGCCUGGAGCUGGAGGAUGAGGGCAUGUACAUCUGUGAAUUUGCCACCUUUCCUACAGGCAACCGUGAGAGCCAGCUCAAUCUCACUGUGAUGGCCAAACCUACCAACUGGAUCGAGGGUACCCAUGCAGUGCUUCGAGCCAGGAAGGGACAGGAUGACAAGGUCCUGGUGGCCACCUGCACCUCAGCCAACGGGAAGCCUCCCAGUGUGGUGUCCUGGGAAACGCGGCUAAAGGGCGAGGCAGAGUACCAGGAAAUUCGGAACCCCAAUGGCACAGUGACAGUCAUCAGCCGUUACCGCUUGGUGCCCAGCCGGGAAGCCCACCGGCAGUCCCUGGCUUGCAUCGUCAACUAUCACCUGGACCGCUUCAGGGAGAGCCUCACGCUCAAUGUGCAGUAUGAACCUGAGGUGACCAUUGAGGGCUUUGAUGGCAACUGGUACCUGCAGCGGACAGAUGUGAAGCUGACAUGCAAAGCAGAUGCUAACCCCCCAGCCACCGAGUACCACUGGACCACGCUGAAUGGCUCUCUCCCCAAGGGUGUGGAGGCCCAGAACAGAACCCUCUUCUUCCGAGGACCCAUCAGCUACAGCCUGGCAGGAACCUACAUCUGUGAGGCCACCAACCCCAUUGGUACCCGCUCAGGCCAGGUGGAGGUCAAUAUCACAGAGUUCCCCUACACCCCGUCUCCUGAACAUGGGCGGCGUUCGGGGCAGGUGCCCACAGCCAUCAUCGGGGGCGUGGCAGGAAGUGUCCUGCUGGUGCUGAUUGUGGUUGGAGGGAUCAUAGUGGCCCUGCGCCGGCGCCGGCACACCUUCAAGGGUGACUACAGCACCAAGAAGCACGUCUACGGCAAUGGCUACAGCAAGGCAGGAAUCCCCCAGCAUCACCCACCCAUGGCACAGAACCUGCAGUACCCUGAUGACUCAGAUGACGAAAAGAAGGCCGGCCCACUGGGCGGGAGCAGCUAUGAGGAGGAAGAAGAGGAGGAGGGCGGUGGAGGGGGCGAACGCAAGGUGGGCGGACCCCACCCCAAAUAUGACGAGGACGCCAAACGGCCCUACUUCACUGUGGAUGAAGCGGAGGCCCGUCAGGACGGCUAUGGGGACCGGACUCUGGGCUACCAGUACGACCCUGAACAACUGGACUUGGCUGAGAACAUGGUUUCUCAGAACGAUGGGUCUUUCAUUUCCAAGAAGGAGUGGUAUGUGUAGCCCACCUUCCGGAGCCUCUGUCUGUGCCCACUUCUCCCUGGCUCCUACCCGCACGCCCCCUGCCCACCCCACAGCCCACUGCCCCAGGAGCUCAACAGAGACUUGACCAGCUGCCCUAAACCAGCCCCAAACUCCUGGGGAGCCAGGGGAGCUCAGGGCAGACCCCACUUGGCUUCGUUUUUUUAUUUCCGCCCUCUCCCACCCUUCCCCACGGUGUUGUGUUCGACUGUGACUUUGGUGUUGCUGUAUUUUUCCUUUAAGGACCCUAUCCACUGCCCUCUGUGUUGGGAGCCCUGUUCUUGUCUUGUGUACUUGGGCGUCCCUCCAGGGUUUGGGGAGCCAGUCCUCUCCCACCCCCCCAACACUGGAAUUGUUUGUGUUCUCUUCUCUGGGGAGAGAGGGCAGAGGGGGCUUCAAGAUGAAGAGCACCCUCACCUCACCCCGUAUGCUGCUCCUUUGCCCAGUGCCCCCCACUCUAAACUGGUGAUGCAGCCAGGGCACCUAGAAGGUUAUAAGGGGUUCUCAGUGGUAUCCAGGGGAGUCUUGUCUGUGAAAUGAUGGAGCUGAGGUUCCAACUGGGGUCCUGGGCAGUGUGUUUUCCUGGCAAGAGUGGCUCUAUGCUUUCUCUGUUCUGCUGGCCUACAAAAUGAGGUUGGCAUAACUGUCAUAUACUGCUUUCCUUUGCUCCCAGUCUGUUCUCUACAGAGUGGGUGACCCCAGGUGGACUCUACCCACAGUCCCUGUAUGCCUCCUCCAGCACAUGCACACACACCACUGGGUCUCCCCCAGUGCUCUCACGCCCUGCCCAGGCUAAACACUGCCCCAGGCCCCACCCUCCUCUGCUCUGGCUCUUACUCCUUCCCAGCUCAGGGAGGGAUCAGUCCACAGAAGCAUCCAGAGACAGGGAGGAUGAACCACCCAGCUGCUGCCGCUCUAAGAUUUCAGUGUAGCUCCAACCUUUCCAACGGUGUACACGUUUCUCGGAUUUCUCUUUAUCUGUCAAGUGCUAGCAACACUUGACUCUUCUGGGAAGUCGGGGUUGGGAUCCCAGGAAGGAAUUUGAGGCAAAGAAGUAUUUAUAUGAUGAGGGCGUCCGCAUGGAAGCUCCGCAAACACAAUCUGGUAGACUGAAGGGGACUGCUAACGUCUCAUACGGGAAGGCCAGCAUAGAUGUCAUGGGUGUCAAAGAAAGUGCAGGAGCACCCCGGAACCUGCUGCUUGUCUACAGUCUGACUCCUGCUCAGUUUCUACCAGUGCCAUUCUGAGGUGAGGUGGACGAUGAAGGGCCCUCCCUUGAGUGCAUGGAGAAAGGCCCUCCCAGCUCACUGUCCCCAAGCUCAAAGUGCCUCAGUUUUUCCAUCUGUGCCCCAAAUUCCCCACAUUCUAAAUGGGCAUGCCUAUGCCCUGGGGUAGGCAAAGUGGGCUGCGAGAGCCCUAGGGCCUGCCUGCUGGGGUUUCAACUAACUCAGCCCAAAGGGGACACUCUGAGGGGUAGCAGGUGUUGGGGAGAGGGAGGCAGAGCACUCUGUGCCCCACGGGCACUGACCCACCCUGCCAUAGGCUUCUUAAGGGAGCCCCAACCCUCGCCCCACCCCCUUCCCUGGUGCUGCUAUUGAAUUCCCAGUCCAAGCGCCAUCUCUGGCACCCCUCAGCCCACCAGCUGGGGCCAUUUCGCCAGGCCUUCACUGCCCUAGUCCCAGCCCAGGCCGCCCAGUAGCCACGUAGCAGAAGUCUGAAGCCAUGCCAGCCCUGUGGUGGCUCUCCCCUCUUGGCAUUGGGGACACUGGAUGGGGUGGAGUUCGGGAAAGAAACUUCUAGGGCCUUUCUAGCCACAGGGCAGAGGAAGAUGGAGGAGCUGGGCUGCUUCUCCCAGCAGUAUUAGUGACCCUCCCUUGUCACAAGCACCUCUCUCUCCUCCUCAUGCCAAUUCUAGCCCCUCUGCUUGUUCCCCUUACUCCCAAGGCAGGAGGCAGAACCUUGACUGCCCCACAGAGGCAUUUCUGCCCCUAUGGAACCAUAGACUGAAAAGACUUACCCUCCUGCACCUCUCGAACCUUCCACUGUCACCCCCUUAUUCCUUAUCUCAUGACGGACUGAGGAGGCCCUGGGCCCGGACAAAGCACCCAAGCUCCCCUUAAGACACCUGCACGCCUUUCCCCCAAGCAAAGCACAAUUUACGGGGUCUCUGCAGCAGGAUCCAGGAUCCCAGCUGUGGUGCUGCUACCAGGCAGCUGCUACCUGGGUUAAGACAGGAAAUGAGGCAGGCGUCAGUCGCUGGGCCUAAGGAGCAGGGGCUUUCUUGGCACUGUGUUGUGGGACAGUGGCGACAUCCCGCUGACCGUGGAAGGCCCAGUGCAGCAGAGCAGAGGGCAUUCUGCGUCACCUUCGUGGCCCCAGCCCAAGCUGAGCAUCUGCCUUGCUGCACAGAGAAUAAACUCGGUGUGUUAACUGUGCCAAGGCCUCUCCAGCUGUCCUCUCUCAUUGCCCUCCCUCUGCCGCCCCUGGACUCCUGUUUCCCUGCAGAUGUUGAUAUUGUUCUGAGUCUCAUUUACCAGAAGGCCCUAAAAAGAACAGCAGCACACAUCCGUGAACACAUGCCCAGCACACUGGCACACGCCUUUCACAGACCAAGCACAGGCAUGUGUGUGCACAAGUACACACAUGAGGAAUGAGAAGCCCUUACGAAUGCUCAGGCCCGAGACAGUGGACGGGGACUCAAGCCCUGGGAAGGUGCCCCCUCUGCCAGCCAUCCCUCUGUGCCCCAGUCACUGGUGCAAUAACUUUUCUGCUGCCCUUGAGGUGGGAGAGUCAGGGCUCACGUCAGGUGGGUGGGGCCGCCCUGAGCCCAGCAGAUACCGCAUUCCCUUUACUGGGAGGAGGGGGGUGCUCCCAGGCCUCUGGGGGUCCAGGUAGAGACUUCCCCAAGCCUGACUGCCAACUGAAACACCCUCUCCUAGUGAGGGCAGGUGGCUCAAGCUGGCCUGGGCCAGAGACACCCAGAGGUAAGAAAUCCAGUCUCACCAAUGCUGCUUUCUGACCCUGGCUGUGAGGAACGGGCUUCGGGGGUCGGGGUGGUGAGUUUUGUUUUUAUGUUAACCAAUGGAAACUAAAUCCAGGAGAAGCUGCCACCCUUACCGCUGAGUGUGGCCAGCUUCCUUUGCUUCAAUUUCUUUGUCACCAUUUUCCUCUUUGGUCCUGGGGGACAGCCCAGCAAAUUCUCCUGGUUCUGACCUGGGGAGGGGGGGUGUCCCACCCCCUUUUA